AUGACAGUAACGACAGUUCCUUCAACGCAUCCACUUGCACAGCGAGGUCCUCUAUCACAGACGAAUAGUGCAGAAAUGCACCAAUCGAGUGAUCUUCAAUACCAGCGCCGUGAAGCUCAUAUUCCAAAGUCGUCAAGCGAAGAUGAACCACUCUACAUCCUCACGCUCUUCACGGAUAAGCGCCACCACCAGACCAUGACGGCACUACGACGACAGUGGUUUCCAUCGCACGUCCUCAAAGUGGAUGCCCACAUCACACUUUUCCAUGCUCUUCCAGGUUCCAGGCUAGCUAAGUUGAAGCAAGACAUUGCAGCUAUCGCAGAGCGCACGGAAAAGUUCGACAUCGCAGUUAGUGCCAAGGGAGUCUUCGAGAUGGGCAAGGGAGUCGGCAUCAACGUCUCUAACGCGGACGACUUCCAAAACAGAGCGUUUGGUAUACGGAGCGAGCUCAGAGACAAAUGGGAGCCUUUUCUCAGUGAUCAGGACAGGCGGGAGAAGUGGAGAGGUCACUACACCAUUAUGAACAAGCAGGAUGAUAAAGAGGAGGUGCAUAAGUGUUUGGCUUAUUUGAAAGAGGGACAUGCGAACAGCAAGGGAACUGUGGAAGGAUUGAGUCUUUGGCUAUACGAUAGAGGCUGGUGGAGGGAGGAUGAAUUGUUUAGAUUUUCUGGAUAG